CAGAGAGCACGUGGCCUGGCUUUCUCCUUGCUUCCCAGCCCCUCCAAUCGGGUGCCGGGCUCCUUGGGGGCGUCCCUUCUCUCCGGGUCCCCCGCCCGCGCCCGGCUUGGGGCGCCCCCUCUCCCUGCUUAGGGCGGGCGCCGGAACAGUGUCGCCGGCCGCCUGCAGGUGUCUCCCCACGGAGGGGCGCGCGUCCCUGCGCCGUGGCCGCUGCCAGGCUCCAGCGGCUCCUCGCCGAGGUGCACUCGCGCUCCGGGCUCCGGGCGCGCCGGAGCCGCUCGGCAGCUGCCGCCCGCCCCCCGCGCCCCCCGCGCUCCCCGCGCCGCGCCCUCACCCCGGGGCGGGGGAGGGCAUGGGCCCGCGCGGCGUCCUCCGCCGCCGAUCCAAGGCGCCCGAGCCCCGGGGCGCGGCGGGCAGCGGCCGCUGACGCGGGGCGCCGGCUGCCAACUUCGCGCGCGGAGCUCCCCGGCGGCGCGGGCGGCAUGAAGACGAGCCGCCGCGGCCGAGCGCUCCUGGCCGUGGCCCUGAACCUGCUGGCGCUGCUCUUCGCUACCACCGCCUUCCUCACCACGCACUGGUGCCAGGGCACGCAGCGGGUCCCCAAGCCCGGCUGCGGCCAGGGCGGGCGCGCCAACUGCCCCAACUCGGGCGCCAACGCCACGGCCAACGGCACCGCCGCCCCCGCCGCCGCCGCCGCCGCCGCCGCCGCCGCGGGGAACGGCCCCCCUGGCGGCGCGCUCUACAGCUGGGAGACGGGCGACGACCGCUUCCUCUUCAGGAAUUUCCACACCGGCAUCUGGUACUCGUGCGAGGAGGAGCUCGGCGGGCUCGGUGAAACAUGUCGCAGCUUCAUUGACCUGGCCCCAGCAUCGGAGAAGGGGGUCCUGUGGCUGUCGGUGGUGUCCGAGGUGCUGUACAUCCUCCUGCUGGUGGUCGGCUUCAGCCUCAUGUGUCUCGAGCUCUUCCACUCCAGCAAUGUCAUCGACGGGCUCAAGCUCAACGCCUUCGCAGCUGUCUUCACGGUGCUGUCCGACCAGGAUUUCUCGACCUUGGCCCAACGUUUCAUGCCAGAUCAUUCUUUGUUGUGGGACGAGAGGGGCUGUCCUGGACAUGGUGGGAUCAGCAGCAUCCUUGGUCUCUGCCUGCCGGAUGCCCCGGUAGCACCCCCGUCCCCAAGUCACGACAACCACAGUGUCUCCAGACACUGCCGAAUGUUCCUUGGGAGGCGAAGUCCUGCCUGGCUGAGGACCAUGCCCUACACGGUGGGCUCUGUGAGAGCGGGGGCCUUGUCCCUCUCCUUCACUGCUGCAACCCGAAAGCCUGGCCCUCUCAGCUCAUCCUUGGUGAACGCGUGAGAGCCACUGAGGCGACUAGAGUCCCCGCAGCGGGGCUGCUGGUGCUUGAGCCUUUGGGUUUGCAGUUUGGGCUCACAGAGCAAGCGUGGGCCCUGGAACCGGACAGACGGGAUCCGACCCCAGCGGAGCCACAUCACGCUGCGCAGCCUGGGGCAAGUUACCUGUAUUCUCCGAGCCCCUGCGUCGCCUGUGAAAAAGCAGCGCCAGGAUGAUUCUGAGCAAUGAGAUGAAACCACCCACGGAAGAGCCAGUGGCGUGAGUGGACACGUGGAGUGUGCUCAGUACUUGCUUGUUAAACAGGGUUGGGCUCUCGGGUGAGAACAGGGGCCCGGAUGCACUGGUGCGUGCCUAACCGAACCAAGGAUCGGCGACCACGCCUCCUGGCCGCUCUGGUUCGGAUGAUAAGCUAUCUGCCUGCCCCGUUUAUGGGGCACUUUGCACGGGCAUUACUCCGAGUCUGUAUCCUUAGUUCCUUAAAAGAGUGCAUAUCUUGCCCUCAUGUUUCCUGAGGCGGAAACCACCCAGCCACCUGCCCCAGCGCCAGCCCCUCCCUCAGAUUUGCUCUUUCCUCCUGCCUCCGGGCUCCUUCCUUUCCCCUUGGCUUCUCUCUGCUUCCUGGGGCCACGGGACUUCAGUUGCAAAUGUAUUUUGACUCCGCGUUGCUGCCGGUCAUCUGGGCUUCGUUUUCCCUGUGACUGCAGGUGGCGGGUGGUGCUGGGGGG